UUUUCACUCAGAGCCUGCCCAUUCACCCCGCCUCCCUUGCACAGCAGGAAUGUGAAAUGCACCUGAACUGGAUCCUACACGAGGAAGAUUGACUGCUGAAAGUCACGAAUCCACCUGUUCCGGGACAGAAGUGAACCUGUCAGAUCCGCGCAAAAGCAUUAUCCAUUCGUUUCAUUUGCCUAAUCCCUGUCAACUGUGAAGAAACUGAAGGCAGCUCGUAAACGCGUGUACAACAAUGUUUGACUGCUGCGUGUCAGGUGAGGAAGCGGAGAGACUCAGGAUACACAGAGAAAUAGAGAGACAACUUCGUCGUGAUAAAACAGCCUCUCACCGGGAGUUGAAGUUGCUGCUGUUAGGGACUGGUGAAAGUGGGAAGAGUACUUUCAUCAAACAGAUGAGGAUCAUCCAUGGCACUGGAUACAGUGAAGCUGACAGGAAAGGUUUCACUCGGCUUGUGUUUCAGAACAUCGUCACAGCCAUUCAGGCGCUGAUCCACGCCAUGGAGACUCUACAGAUUGACUACAUCAGUGACCAGAACAUUCUCCACGCACAGAAGUUGAGCCAAGUAGAGGCAGACCGGGUGUCCACUUUGGAGGCUUGGCAGGUGGACGCCAUUAAGAGAGUGUGGAAUGACCAUGGUGUUCAAAUAUGCUACGACCGCAGGAGGGAAUUCCAGUUAUCUGACUCUGCCAAAUAUUAUCUGACCGACUUGGACAGAAUCACAGCCCCGUUUUACAUCCCCACCCUGCAGGACAUCUUGAGGGUCAGGGUCCCCACCACGGGGAUCAUAGAGUACCCCUUUGACCUUUCAAAAGUUAUCUUCAGGAUGGUGGAUGUGGGUGGUCAGCGUUCAGAGCGGAAGAAAUGGAUCCACUGUUUUGAGAAUGUCACGUCCAUCAUUUUUCUGGCGGCCCUCAGCGAGUACGAUCAAGUCCUUUACGAGAGUGAGAAUGAUAAUCGACUGAGAGAGAGCCUUGCCUUGUUCAAGACCAUCCUCUCAUACGCUUGGUUCCAAGAAUCCUCCACUAUCCUCUUCCUGAACAAAACAGACUUGCUACAGGAGAAAAUCACAAAGUCUCAUUUGGCAACCUACUUCCCAGACUUUACUGGGCCUCAGCAUGAUGCUGAAUCUGCAAAAAAGUUUAUCUUGGAAAUGUACAAGGAACGGCAUUGCGGGCACCCUAAACGCCUUUACACACACUACACCUGCGCCACGGAUACAGAGAACAUCCGGAUUGUCUUUAAGGCCGUCAAGGACACAAUCUUCAGAGAAAACCUGGGCAAGUUCAACCUCGAAUAAGGAGGUUGUAGGACAAAGUGAUCACUUGAUCUCAUCAUUUGGAACAAGAAAACUGGUACAGUCACAUGCUGUAACACCUUUGUGGACAUUUUAU